AUGUCAUUAGCUACUUCCCCAGCCGCUUCUGAACAAUCUCCAGUGCCUGGAGCUUCACUUAUCAAUGACAUUCCUUACCCUCAAUCAAGACAGGAAUUGGAACUUUUGAUUCUAAGAUAUAGAUCUUUGCACAUGACCAACAAUAAUCCAGAAGAAGAACAUGCAAUUGAAAAAGUUUUAUUUCGCGUGAGCAAGGAUCAAGAUACUUACAAGGUUAAAUUACAAAGAAUAAGACAAGCUCAAAAGAAGAAACAUGAAUACAAUCAAAGUUUAUUGCGCGAUCAACUUAUUACUUUACAACUCCUAUCUAAAGAUGUUGACCUUCCGGAAAACUUGCAACAAAAUUUGAACCCAAAAGAGCCUGAAUCAAUAAAUGAAGUGCGUGAUGUUGAACCGAUUGAAAGAUCACUCAAUUUUGCUCAAAGAGUUAAAGAACUUGGAAUUGAAGAUAGAUUCACAAAUCCAUUGGAAGAACUUUACACUGAGUUUGCUGGCAACCCUGAAGCUGAGCAAUUGAUUUCUAAUAAGAUUUCAUCCAGAAUCGCAGAAUUGGAAAGACUACCGUCAAACUUGGGUACUUUCAAACAUGAUGAGCUACAACUACAAUCACCAGAUGAUUUACCAGAAAAAGCAGAUGAACUCAAGGUCAAGGCCCUCGUUGAAUUGAAAUCAUUAAGAUUGUUGACAAAACAAAAAUCUCUAAGACAAAGUCUCUUAUUUUCAAUUGGUGCGAAAGCUCAUACUACUGUUGAUUAUUUGAAAACACAUCCAAUCACACUUUCUGCUCAAAGAUCAUUACACAUCAGACCAAAAAUUGUUACAAAGCAAACAGCUAGAUUGGCUGAAGAGUUAGAAAAACAGCAAGAAUUGGAAAAACAAAGAAUUGAACACGCUCGUCAUGUUCAAAGAAUUCAAAAUAUUGUCAUGAGAGCUAAUGAUAUAAUAGCUGACAAACAAGAGAUUGUCAACAAAAGACAUCAAUUUGCCAAAUCCAUUGCUCAAUUACAUUCUCAAAUUGAAAAAGAUGAAGGUAAAAAACUUGAAAAGACUGCUAAACAACGUUUACAAGCUUUGAAAUCUAAUGAUGAAGAAGCCUAUCUUAAAUUAUUGGAUCAAACUAAAGAUACCAGAAUUACACAUUUGUUGAAACAAACCAAUUCUUUCUUGGAUUCCUUAGCUCAAGCUGUUCAAGCUCAACAAACAGAAUCAAAAUUAUCAAAUGGUGAAAUUCUUCCAGAGGAAAUCACUGAUGAAGAUAGAGAAAAGAUUGAUUAUUAUGAAGUUGCUCAUAAAGUUAAAGAGGAAAUCACAAAACAACCAUCUAUUUUAGUUGGUGGUACUUUGAAAGAAUAUCAAUUGAAAGGUUUACAGUGGAUGGUUUCAUUAUAUAACAAUCAUUUGAAUGGUAUUUUAGCCGAUGAAAUGGGUUUGGGUAAAACUAUUCAGUCGUUAUCAUUGAUCACCUAUUUGAUUGAAGUUAAAAAACAACCUGGUCCUUUCUUAGUUAUUGUCCCAUUAUCAACCAUAACCAAUUGGACCUUAGAAUUUGAAAAAUGGGCCCCAUCGUUGAAGACCAUUGUUUAUAAGGGUACACCAAAUCAACGUAAGAACUUACAAUAUGAAGUCAGAGGUGGUAAUUUCAAUGUGUUGUUGACAACUUAUGAAUACAUUAUCAAAGAUCGUCCUGUUCUUUCAAAACUAAAAUGGGUUCAUAUGAUUAUUGAUGAAGGUCAUCGUAUGAAAAAUACUCAAUCAAAAUUGUCAUACACUUUGACUACAUAUUAUCACACAAAGAAUCGUUUGAUCUUAACAGGUACUCCUUUGCAAAACAAUUUACCAGAAUUAUGGGCAUUAUUGAAUUUUGUUCUUCCUAAGGUUUUCAACUCUGUCAAGACUUUUGAUGAUUGGUUUAAUACUCCAUUUGCAAAUACUGGUGGUUUAGAGAAAAUGGAACUAUCAGAAGAAGAAACUUUGUUGAUUAUUAGAAGAUUACACAAAGUCUUGAGACCAUUCUUGUUACGUCGUCUAAAGAAAGAGGUUGAAAAAGAUUUACCUGACAAAGUUGAAAAGGUUAUUAAGUGUAAAUUAUCAGGCUUACAAUAUGUUUUAUAUCAACAAAUGUUGAAACACAAUGCCUUAUUUGUUGGUGCUGGUGUCCAUGGGGCUACUAAAUCAGGUAUCAAAGGUCUUAACAACAAGAUUAUGCAACUUAGAAAGAUUUGUAAUCAUCCUUAUGUGUUUGAAGAAGUUGAAAAUGUCAUAAAUCCAGUGCGUGAAUCAAGUGAUAUGCUUUGGAGAACUAGUGGUAAAUUUGAAUUAUUAGAUAGAGUUUUACCAAAAUUUAAAAAGAGUGGUCACAGGGUUUUAAUGUUCUUUCAAAUGACUCAAGUUAUGGAUAUCAUGGAAGAUUAUUUGAGAUUAAGAGAUUUGAAGUACUUAAGAUUAGACGGUAGUACUAAAGCUGAUGACCGUACUGGUAUGUUAAAAGUCUUCAAUGAUCCAGAAUCUGAAUACUUCUGUUUCUUGUUGUCCACCAGAGCUGGUGGUUUAGGUUUGAAUUUGCAAACUGCUGAUACAGUUAUUAUCUUUGAUACUGAUUGGAAUCCACACCAAGAUUUACAAGCCCAAGAUCGUGCUCAUAGAAUUGGUCAAAAGAAUGAAGUUAGAAUUUUGAGAUUGAUCACUACUGAUACCGUUGAAGAAGUUAUUUUGGAAAGAGCUUUACAAAAAUUAGAUAUUGAUGGUAAAGUUAUCCAAGCUGGUAAGUUCGAUAAUAAAUCUACAUCUGAAGAACAAGAAGCUUUCUUGAAGAAAUUGCUAGAAAGCGAAGGAUCCAGAAAUGAUGAAGAAAAUGAAGAGUUGGAUGACGAUGAGUUGAACGAGAUUUUGGCUAGAGGUGAUGCUGAAAAGGAGUUAUUCACCAGAAUGGAUCUCGAAAGAGCUACAAAUGAGAAAAUUGCCCAAAGAAAAGCCGGUGGUUAUAAAGAAAGAUUACUUCCUGAAAGCGAACUACCACCUAUUUUCACAGAAGAUAUUACAGAACAUUUGAAACAAGAGGAAGAGGAAUUAGGUCGUACAAGAGAAAAGAAACGUGUGUAUUACGAUGAUGGUUUGACUGAAGAACAGUGGUUGCUUGCUAUGGAUAAUGACGAUGAUUCAGUUGAAGCUGCUAUUGCUCGUAAGAGGGCCGCUCAAGAAAGAAGAAACAAAAGAUAUUCAGAGAGAGAUAGUCUUGCAAAUUCUCCAGAGCCACAAGGUCGUCGUGCAAAAAGAUCAAGAUCAGGAACUGCUGAUGUAAGAGACGAAGAUGAUGAUGAGCAUGAUUUUGACCCUGAGGAAGAAGAAGCCAAUACAUUAUUGGGAGAAAUUGAAGUCUUAAAAUCAGAAAAUGGCCAUUUGUUUAGUGAAUUUUUUGUUGACCUCCCUUCUAGAAAACUUUAUCCUGAUUAUUAUCAAAUUAUUCUGCAACCAGUUUCAAUCAAUUCAAUCAGAAAGAGCUUGAAGUCAGGUAAAAUAAAAAACUUCGAAGGUUUCAAAGAGACUCUAGGAAAGAUUUUCACAAAUGCUAAAUUUUACAAUGAGGAGGGGUCAAGUGUUUUUGAAGAUGCUGUUGCUUUGGAGAAGUAUGCUAAUGAAAAACUUGAAGAUAUAGAAAAAAAAUUAUAA